AUAUUAAAUUCAAAUUUAAUUAAUUUACCGUCAAUAUCGUAUUACAAUGACAAAACUCGUAGCAACACUUGCAGCCGUGUGCAUUGUUGGAGCAGUUGUGGUCCAAGGAGAGUUCGACAAAAAGGAAGCUAUUGCCAAAUUUAUGAGUAAAGCUAAUGAAUGUAAAACUGAAGUCGGUGCAACAGAUGCCGACAUGGAAGAAAUGCAUGAAUGGAAACCAUCCUCAACUAUGGAGGGGAAAUGUCUACGAGCAUGUCUAAUGAAAAAGUACCAAGUGAUGGAUGAUUCGGGUAAAUUUGUUGCCGAUGUUGCCAUGAAACAUGCCGAAAAAGCAACUGAUGGUGCAGCUGAUAAAAUGAAAUUGGCCGCAGAGAUCGUCAACGCUUGCGCUGGAAUCGAAGUCUCAUCGGAACUUUGCCAAGCAGCUGAAGAUUAUGACAAAUGUUUCAUACAACAGGCUAAGGAUCAUGGCAUCGAUGAAAAUUAUUUAUUCUAAUUGUUGCUACGAUAAAGUACCAUUUAUUCCAUGAAUUUCUGGAAAUAAAGAAAAAAAUA